CCGUGCGUCCCCGGGACGCAGAUUUGAUUUUAUUCUUGUACCGGAAAGUUCAUUACUUUGAAGACGUAAUGAACUUUCCGGUACAAUUUCUUAAAUUUUGAUUCACCGAGAGUUUUAUCAAUGACAAAUACGGCCUCAGUUUGCACUCGGACAACUUUACCGCGAGGAGCUGUCAAAAGAAAGACUUCAUGGUAAACACAAAGGAUGGCUCCAUGAGCUGGGCAAACGCCUGGAGAUGCUCUACGUCAACAACACGGUCGGCGGCCCGUCGGUGCGCAGCUCGUACAUCGCCGCCCUUUUGUUUCACCCUCAGCAGCCUGACCAGCGUCGGCUUUGGCAACGUGUGCGCCAACACGGACGCCAAGAAGAUCUUCUCCAACUGCACCAUGCUCAUCGGCGGGUCUGCAUCCUUCGAAGGACACAUCCUAUGCGGUCUACAAAGUGUGGGUCCUAGCGAGAGUCCCCCAGCAGUGGCUUGAGCGAUAUGAAUUGGGACAGUCUAGCAUCCGGGACACUUCCUGGUCACGUCAGUUGUCCCCGCCCAUUCUACGUCACGUAUCUGCUGCUCAGUCGCACAAGGUUAAAAAAUGGAAUUUAAGUUAUUUACUGAAAUUGAGUGAGCCUAUGACU